AUGACGACCAAUCAAGACCUCGUUUACGUAACAACAUCCAUACCUAAGAGCUCUGGAAGCGAGCAACUCGCACGACUAGCUUUGAAGUUCCGCGAAUUCAAGAUCCAUGCGCUUAAGACGGACCCUAAAGCGUUCUCAUCUGAGUUGGACAUUGAGUCACAGCUCCCACAAUCAACAUGGGUUGAGAGAAUCACCGAACCGGGCACAUCGAUUUUGAUCUGCGUCGCAAUGUCGACGGACACAGCAAAGCAAGCAUCGGAAGAUAGAGCAAGCCAGUUGAAGAUGCUGCUAGACGGUGACUGGGCAGGGAUGUUCACCAUAAUUGGCCCAGUCCCACGGGACAACUACAUCUUCCCCGAGUCCGGCCAACCGGCACCAGGUCCCGAAGGCUCUGAGACGCGCUGGCAACUCACCGGCCUAUUUACUCUACCUGGGUAUCGUGGUUGCGGUAUUGCGAAACGACUUACCGAGACGGCAAUCCAUUUCGGAAAACUCACGUCUACCAAGAUGGAAAAAGCAUGUGGACAUAAAGUGCACACGCGCAUAAGACUGAUCGUACAUUGUCACAACACCGGCGUUGUUAACAUGUAUGAAAAGUUUGGGUUUGUGGACAAUGGAAGGGUGACGUUAGCCGAAGCUUGUAUUGCAAACAAGGCUGCGGAUAUGAUACCAAUUGAUGCUGAUCCGGAGAAGUGGCACAGCAGGCUCGGCAUCGCCAUGGAAUACUUGGUGUAG